AUGUCGGACCACGGCUCUGAUGCCUCAGAGGGCAAGGCGACGCCUCACAUCCGACUCAACUCCGGGCGGCAGGAUCCUUUCCUCGAGACGAAUGGUGGCUACGCGCCUCUCACAUCGCGGACAUUUCCCCGGCCUUUGACUCCACAGGGCCCCGAAACUCCAGCGCCGGGACGGGCUCGAGGGAUGUCGAUGUCACCAUACAGCACAUCAAAUGUCCCCGAGUCCUCGGAAUUCCUGUUACCCCCAAGGUUGAGACCUUCACAGGGACAGGGUGUGAGUGGGAGUGAUCGGCCUCGAUCUCCGGACCGGUGGUCUGCAGCUCGCUCGAGUAUCAGCUCUAUCAGCCGUGAUAGUAAUUUCCGCUGUGAUCCGUUCCAGGACUCGAGGGCGCCUUCGCACGCUGGUAGUGAGGAGUAUGAUGUCAACACGCAGACUGUAUCGGGCAAAUUCAAUAUCAUGCCUACAGAUGGGUUGUUGUUGUUCCCUGAGGAUGUGGAGAAGGAUGACUACUUGCAUAACCCGGACCCGACGGACAAGGAUCGAGAUUGUGAUAUCUGGAAUCGAAGGGGUAUUGUGAAUGUCGGUGGUCUGGCAAUUUUCACACUAGGUCUUCUGGUGCUCUUCAUCGGUUACCCGCUCAUAACUUGGUUGUCGGGCGUCGCAAAACAUCAUCACAGUUCAUGCCACCCGGAAGAUACGUUGUGUUUGAAUGUUGGGGAGCGACCAUUGUUGGAAAACCUACGCAUGAGCCUCAUCGACCCAGACACACCGAAAGAGGCAUACACCAAGAAAGAUGCCAAGGGAAAGGAGAUGAAGCUAGUGUUCUCUGACGAGUUUAACAUGCCCGGUCGAACGUUCUUCAAGGACGAUGAUCCGUACUUCGAAGCAGUCGAUAUAUGGUACGGGGUAACAGCCGACAAAGAGUGGUAUGACCCCGAUGCAGCAACCACAGCAGAUGGCACUCUCCAGCUUCGAUUCGAUCACUUCAAAAACCACGAUCUCGAUUAUCGCUCCGGUAUGUUACAGAGCUGGAACAAGCUCUGCGUCAAGGGAGGCCGUCUCGAAGCUAGCAUGUCCCUCCCAGGUGAUGGACACAUCGAAGGUUUCUGGCCUGGUUUCUGGGCAAUGGGCAACCUGGGUCGUGCUGGCUAUGCUGCUACCACAGAUGGCAUGUGGCCGUACAGCUACCAUAAUGGCUGCGAUGCGGGCAUCACUCCAAACCAGAGUUCUCCCGAUGGUAUCAACUGGCUCCCCGGUAUGCGGUUGCCUGGAUGUGCCUGUCCUGGCUCUGAUCACCCGACCCGUGGCGUCGCACGCAGUGCUCCUGAGAUCGAUGUGAUUGAAGCUAGCACUGCUCCGCUAUAUGGUGAUAGCGGCCCCUACGUCGGUACUGCGUCGCAGAGUUUGCAGACUGCACCAUUUGAUUUGUGGCAAAUGCCGGACUAUGACUUCGCCGCCGUUUACGAUCCCCGCGUGACCAAAAUUAACGACUACCGAGGUGGUGUCUACCAACAGGCAGUUUCCAGCCUAACCAACCUAAACACCCGCUGGUACAACGGCACAGAAUAUCAAACCUACUCCCUCGAGUACACACCCGGCGCAACAGGCGAUGUGACCUGGUUCGUCGGCGCCGAGAAGACCUGGACACUCGAUGCCCGCGCCAUCGGACCCAACGGCAAUAUCGGGCAACGCAUGAUCCCACUCGAGCCCAUGUCCCUGAUCUUGAAUUUGGGUAUGGCGGAUAACUUUGCACCGCAAAACAAGAGCAUUAUUGAUUAUAUGCCUGCUAUCCUGCGCUUCGACUACGUCCGGAUCUAUCAGGAUCCCGAUGAGGAGAGCGUUACUUGUGAUCCACCGGGUUAUGAGACAACUAGGUAUAUUGAGGCACACCGCAAAGCGUAUGAUAAUGCGAACUUUACGACUUGGGACGAGGCUGGGUAUUCUUGGCCUAAAAAUUCAUACAUGCAUGACUGUCUGGCUCAUUAG